GUUAUCACUGAAAUCCACCCAUCCAAAUUCAAUCGCAAAAAGAGAACCCUAAAUCCCUAAUAUGUCUUUCAUCGAUGAAUUCCAAGCUGAUUUGGAAGCACUGCCCCAUAUCGUCCAGAAAAAGUAUGCAUUAAUGCGUGAUCUCGACAGAAGCUUACAAGAAAUUGUGAGGCAAAAUGAACAGCGUUGUGAACAAGAAGUAGAGGAUAUAAAACGAGGCGUGAGGGCUGAAACCGUUAGAUUUUCUGACGAAGCACUUGACGAACAAAAGCAUGGCAUUAGGAUUGCUGAUGAGAAGGUUGCUUUGGCAAUUCAGACAUAUGAUUUGGUAGAUUCACAUAUACAACAACUUGAUCAAUAUUUGAAAAUGUCCGAUGAAGAGCUACGUCGCGAAAGAGAGAAUGUAGCAGCUACUGCAGCACCUGCUCCAAGUCCUGAUGGUACAACUAAAUCUGGAAGGCCUAGUCAAAGUGGAAGAGGAGGUCGUAAAAAAACACGCCGGGCAGCAGCUGCCGCAACAGAAGUGGCAGCAGCAGCAGAAAACCCAAUUGGCAUGGAGUUAGACUUGCCAGUGGAUCCUAAUGAACCCACUUACUGUAUGUGCAACCAAGUUAGCUAUGGAGAGAUGGUGGCAUGCGAUAACCCUAAUUGCAAGAUAGAAUGGUUUCACUUCGGUUGUGUGGGUCUGAGAGAACAGCCGAGAGGGAAAUGGUAUUGUUCGGAUUGUGCAGGAAUGAAAAACCGCCGUAAAGGCAGAUCACGGUAAAUGUUAUUUCGGGGAAGCUAUGAUAAUGCAUUUUUAGCAUUGUCUUUAAUCCGAAAACUAUAGUUUCAUGACCAUAUACUCAUGCUAUUAACAUCAUCAUGAUUCUAUGUUUCCAUCACUAUUUGGAUUAUUGUACCAUUUUGUUCGGACCUUUAUUCAAACAAUAAAAACUCUUCCAUUUGAUUCGAGUGU